AUGGAAUCAGACGACGAGUUCGACAUGCUCGACGCCAAUGAUGACGACGACAAUGACGAGGAUUUCUAUAGUGGCGGCGACGACGACGCAGCCGCCGCUAUGGACAGCGACGAAGCUGGAGUUGCCGAUUACGAGUUCAUCGACAACGACUCCGACGAUUCCAAUGAUGUCGCCUCACAUCGAUACCAGCAAAACUACACCGUUUUGACAGAAGCUGACAUUCGUCAGCAUCAAGAGGAGGAUAUUAUGAGGAUAUCUACAGUGCUUUCCAUUUCAAAGAUGAAGAAAAGGUUCGCAGGGCUGUUGGCUUGCCGGAGAAAACCAGUUGUGGAUUACCCUAAUGCUCAAGAACAUAACUGUGGGAUUUGUUUUGAAACCUAUCCUCGUGAUAAGAUGCAUGCUGCAGCUUGUGGCCAUCCUUUUUGUUCCUCAUGCUGGGCAGGUUAUAUUAGCACAGCCAUUAAUGAUGGCCCUGGCUGUUUGAUGUUGCGCUGUCCGGAUCCAUCUUGUGGUGCCGUUGUUUGCCAAGAUAUGAUUAAUGCUUUGGCUUCCGCUGAAGACAAGGAGAAAUAUUCUCGCUACUUUAUUAGAUCUUAUGUUGAAGACAAUAGGAAGACCAAAUGGUGUCCUGCUCCAGGCUGUGAUUAUGCUAUAGAUUUCAUUGUUGGUGGUGGAAGCUAUGAUGUUACCUGCCGCUGUUCAUAUAGCUUUUGCUGGAAUUGUACUGAGGAAGCUCACCGUCCGGUUGAUUGCGGUACUGUGGCAAAAUGGAUAUUAAAGAAUAGUGCCGAAUCUGAAAAUAUGAAUUGGAUAUUGGCUAAUUCUAAGCCGUGCCCAAAGUGCAAGCGACCGAUUGAGAAAAACCAAGGCUGUAUGCAUAUCACUUGCACACCACCUUGUAAAUUUGAGUUUUGCUGGCUUUGCCUCGGUGCAUGGUCGGAUCAUGGUGAAAGGACAGGUGGAUUUUAUGCAUGUAAUCGUUAUGAGACAGCAAAGCAGGAAGGAGUGUAUGAUGAGACAGAGAAACGAAGAGAGAUGGCCAAGAACUCUCUAGAGAGGUACACUCAUUAUUAUGAAAGAUGGGCAACCAAUCAAUCGUCCAGGCAAAAAGCACUUGCAGACUUGCAGCAGAUGCAAACUGUGCAUCUUGAGAAGCUGAGCGACAUCCAGUGCCAACCUGAGUCACAGCUGAAGCGAGUACUAAAAUGGACUUAUGCCUAUGGAUAUUAUUUACCUGAGCAUGAACAUGCCAAGAGACAGUUCUUUGAGUACUUGCAAGGUGAAGCUGAGUCUGGGUUGGAACGACUUCAUCAAUGUGCAGAAAAGGAGCUACAAGUUUACCUCAAUGAAGAGGACCCAUCGAAAGAUUUCAAUGAGUUUCGCACAAAACUUGCUGGAUUGACCAGUGUGACUCGGAACUACUUCGAAAAUUUAGUUCGAGCUCUGGAGAAUGGUCUAUCAGAUGUGGACUCCCAUGGUGCCUGCAGCAGGACAGCAAGCUCAAAGAAUUUGGGAGGCACAAGCAACAAGGGAAGAGGUGGGAGGGGCAAGGCAACAACAUCGAGGUCAAGUAGUUCCAGUAGAAAUAUUGAUGAUUUAGGCCACUGGUCCUGUGAACACUGCACCUUCGCAAAUGUCAAGUCGGCUACGGUGUGCCAGAUGUGUCAACAACGCCGAUAA